CUGCCGCUGCCACUGCGACCUGCGGUUCGUCUCCGCAUAUUCCACACAUCACCCAAACGGUCUCUCUCUCUCUCAAACACCUCCUUUCCGUCUUUAUUUUAUCUUGAGUCGCUUAGAAAGAUUAGAGAACAAAGCUUACGUUGAAAGAAAAUCAACUUUCAUGGAGAUUUUGAGGACUAAAAGAAUAAAUAGGGCAUCAUUACUGUAGCGAAAGUGCGACUAAGGUUAGGUAUCUGGAUUUCCCCCAUAGCCCUCUUCCACCCCCCGCCCCCGGCCAUUACCGAAGCGGAUGAAAACAAACACUAACGAUGGCGGCGCCGGAGAGCGACCGGCUGCUGGGCUUAAGGCAGGAGUGACCGCUUAACCAGUGAGGGAAGCACUGAAGAGCGCCGUCGACGUGGGUGCGACAACUCGCGGAGUCCUAAGAGCAAAACGGCUGGGGCCUGCGAGCCAGGACCCUUCCGAAGCCUUAGGUGUCUAUCGACGACGUGUACGGUCACUGCAGCUCCGGAGCGCGGAACCCUCAGCCAGGAGACGCGGCUGGCCGGUCACAGGUCGCGGCCUCCGUAAUGAGAGCCCGGAGCCACACUUUGUGGCGCAGCUUCGCAGGUGAGGGUGACUGUUGACUAGUGAAAAAAGGGAUCCAAGGUUCACGACUGUCUUCUUACUGUCAGUGGAACGACCUGUGGAAACCUGCGAUCCAUUCUCAUUAAAUAAAUCUCUGGGGGAGACGGGAUUUUACCGUGUUAGCCAGGAUAUUCUCGAUCUCCUGACCUCGUGAUCCGCCCGCCUUGGCCUCCUAAAGUGCUGGAACUACUGGCGUGAGCCACCUCCCCCGGCAAAAACGAAAUUUUAAAGCAAGAACAAACUACUGCUGCAAGUUUUUCAUCUUGGACUCAAGUGAUUCUCCUGCCUCAACCUCCUGAGUAGCUGGGACUACAGAUUCCUAUAGGCAAUGGAAACUGAUCUCAAUUCCCAGGACAGAAAGGAUCUGGACAAGUUUAUUAAAUUUUUUGCCCUCAAGACUGUCCAAGUGAUUGUCCAGGCUCGUCUUGGUGAAAAGAUUUGCACUCGUUCAUCAUCUUCUCCAACGGGUUCAGAUUGGUUCAACUUAGCAAUCAAAGACAUCCCAGAGGUUACACAUGAAGCAAAGAAGGCACUGGCAGGGCAGCUGCCUGCGGUCGGGAGGUCUAUGUGUGUGGAGAUUUCACUUAAGACUUCUGAGGGAGAUUCCAUGGAGCUGGAAAUAUGGUGUCUUGAAAUGAACGAAAAGUGUGAUAAAGAAAUCAAAGUUUCCUACACGGUGUACAACAGACUGUCAUUGCUGCUGAAGUCUCUUCUUGCUAUAACUAGGGUGACACCAGCCUAUAGGCUCUCCAGAAAACAAGGGCAUGAAUAUGUCAUAUUAUACAGGAUAUAUUUUGGGGAAGUUCAGCUGAAUGGCUUAGGAGAAGGCUUCCAGACAGUUCGUGUUGGGACAGUGGGCACCCCUGUGGGCACCAUCACUCUUUCUUGUGCUUACAGAAUUAACUUGGCAUUCAUGUCUACCAGGCAAUUUGAGAGGACCCCACCUAUCAUGGGGAUUAUUAUUGAUCACUUUGUGGACCGUCCCUAUCCCAGCUCCUCUCCCAUGCACCCCUGCAAUUACAGAACUGCUGGUGAGGACACUGGAGUAAUAUACCCAUCUGUGGAAGACUCUCAAGAAGUGUGUACCACCUCUUUUUCCACCUCCCCACCAUCCCAGUGUGUGUUUACUGUCACAAAGGCACAUUUUCAGACCCCUACUCCUGUGGUGACGGACACCCUGAGGGUCCCCAUGGCAGGACUGGCCUUUUCCCAUCAACUCUCAAGCUCUCGCCUUUCCUAUCAGCCUGCUGCCCUGGGCGUUGGAUCAGCUGACCUGGCUUAUCCAGUAGUGUUUGCUGCUGGCUUAAAUGCUACACACCCUCACCAGCUGAUGGUUCUUGGGAAGGAAGGUGGGGUACCCCUUGCUUCCAACCAGCCUGUCCAUGGUGCCCAGGCUGACCAGGAGAGACUGGCAACCUGCACCCCUUCUGACGGAACCCACUGUGCUGCCACACCCUCCAGUAGUGAGGAUACUGAAACUGUAUCAAACAGCAGCGAGGGACGGGCCUCCCCCCAUGAUGUCUUGGAGACCAUCUUUGUCCGAAAAGUGGGGGCUUUUGUCAACAAACCCAUUAAUCAGGUGACCCUGACGAGUUUGGAUAUACCCUUUGCCAUGUUUGCUCCCAAGAAUUUGGAGCUGGAGGAUACGGAUCCGAUGGUGAAUCCUCCAGAUUCCCCACAGACUGAAUCUCCUCUCCAGGGCAGCCUGCACUCAGAUGGCUCCAGCGGGGGCAGCAGUGGCAAUACCCAUGAUGACUUUGUUAUGAUAGACUUUAAACCAGCUUUUUCUAAAGAUGACAUUCUUCCGAUGGACCUGGGGACCUUCUAUCGGGAGUUUCAGAACCCCCCUCAGCUGAGCAGCCUCUCCAUAGAUAUUGGAGCACAGUCCAUGGCUGAAGACUUGGACUCAUUACCAGAGAAGCUGGCUGUGCAUGAGAAGAAUGUCCGCGAGUUUGAUGCCUUUGUGGAAACCCUGCAGUAAAAGUAUCCUCAAGUCCCAGCAGCACCCCCUUUUUGUGGCCCCAGAGGACAGGCAGCCUCCCAUGCAUCAGCUGCUCCCACCCCUCAUCCUGCUCUGAGCCAGGUGGAAGGGAGGCUGGCUUCUCUCAUGGGGACCCAGAAGUCCCUACUCUUGGACCUCCUAGAGACUCCGUGGUGGCAGUCAAGCCCAGUGCCCAGUUGGAGAAGACUCACAUGCUGGCCUUGGAGAUGGGAAGACCCUACGAAAAAGCCCUCAGCAGGGCCAUCUGUGUGCCCCGCCCAUCACCAACUGCUUCCCAAGGAUGUCAUCCUGUUCCUCCUGCUGCUGGCCUCCUGCCUGGGCCUGCCUUGCAGCUGGCCCCUUCCCUGCCUGCUGUUACCAUCCACUAUUUGACAUUCCAGCUGGUGGCCAAGAGAUUGGUGUGGAGGCAGAAAGAGGAAGGAGACAGUGCCAGGAGGAAGAAGGAAGGAGUCCCUUGGCUCUCUUCAUUGUCCUCUUUACUUCCUUCUAUCUUCUUCCCCUCUUCCUCCCUCUAUUGCCCCAAUGCCUGUACUUCUGGCAGUAUGACAGGCCUGCCUGCCCAAGAUGAGAACUCCAAAACCAGCCACUCCCACCCCUGAAGGUUGGGAGGGUCUGAGCAGCCCUGGUGGCUGCCUGCGCUCAGGUCCUCAGCUCCAUGGGAGAUAAAAAUGGAACCCUGAAUCUCUAGGAUUUUGUCACUUGGAGUCACAGCAAAGUUCUCUUCUUCUUUUUCCCCUGUUGCUGCUCCUUGGUUACAGAACACGGUAAAUAUUUAUUACUUUCAGAGAAACCAGAUAUUUUAUAGAGAAAAGAUGUUUGAGGUGAGUUGUUUUUCAUUGGAGAAGGUGGAGGGCUCUUCCUGGGACGGAGACCUCCUCUUCUGGAGGUUCCUGAGAAUCCGGGCUGCUGCUGCGAGGAUCUUCCUUCCCACCAUACAGACGGCGAGAUCCAAGAAGAGGGCUGGCCAGGGGCAAAGUCACCUCCCAGCGUGGCUGCACUGGAACUGACUACAGGCUUUACCUUGGACAGCUGCAUAUUCCUGGUGAGAGUCUUACAUCUCCCACAGCUUCUGCAGAGUGACUGACUCCAUUCUGGCAGCCCAGGAAGUCCUGGGUGCUAAAUGUGAUGGCCACAUGUAGUGGUUAGGGGAUGUUGUGUAUGUUCCCCUGACUGCUGGAGUACUUGUUCCUGAUCCCUGGGGCUGUCCUGUGGAGCUUUUCCUUCUCCUGCUUGGGCCUAGCUACACCUCCCUCUAACCCAGGGUCUGUACACUGCCCUGGGAUUUACCAGCUGGAUUGGCUCCUGGUUGAGAAACCAAAGCUGGGCGUAUGAUUGACUUAACCCUUCAGGUAUUGUUACUUGAAUAAGUCCAGUGUCUAGCCUCACCCACCUACCAUCUGUCCUUUCCCAGCCUCGCUGGUAGUCCUGGCCAAGGAGAUAUAGGCUUACUCCAUUCCUCCUGACCCACCUGGGGCACUCACUGGCAGCAGCUGUGCUUCAGUGGACCAGGUGGCUCUCAACUGCUUGUUAGUAAACUGCAUGUGACACUGUUCUCACCUACAAGGCUGAUCUCUGAGGACUGGAGCAGGCUCUGGAGGGGACCCGAGCUCUGCAUGCUGCUGCUGCCACAGAGAACUGUUCUCAGCAGCAGCAGCAGCCAACUGGCCCUCCUAUCUUUGGCCCAGAGCACACGCGUGGCUUGCUGAACCCAGGCCCAGGUGUAUCGCCAAGGCCCCAGCUUUGAGAAGGGGGAAGGCCCCUGGUAAGUUAUUAAUGCCCCCAUAUUUCAGCCACUGCUCUCUUUCCAAGGCCUUGCAUGGAAAGGCCUACUAGCCAUUGUCCCAGGCAGCAAUCUUUGGCCUCUGCAGGUGGCAGCAGCCUUUCACCAGUGCUCCAUCUGUGACGAGUCUCAGCCAUAACUUUGGGCUGAGCCUGGGAGAAGUAAAGCAACUGUUAAGGCCGGCCCUUGCCCCUCAGCCCUACCAUAAAAGGAAUAAGCCCUAGACUGACUCCUGCAGCACCCCCGGGAAAGGCUGGGACCAGCUGUCUGUCUCCAGGUGGCAGAGUCCCUCCUCCUCCAACCUUUCCAACCUACUUUGUUUGGAAAUACUGAGCUACACUUCAAAAUGUAUUCAAGAGAUUUCCAAUAAAUUUUUUUCUGUACUUUA